GCUGACGCCAGCCGUGCUGCUGUCAUGGCGGCCGCGAGGUCGGGGUGGAGCACUGCUGGUGUCGAAGAAACAGUCUCGAGACGCGAUCUCCGGGCGGCGGGAAUGCAGCGAGGCCGCCGAGGCCAUGGCGACCUCUGAAACGACGCACCGCUGCCGCAAUGGGCUCGGCAAUGGGCAAGGGCGCCGCCUCGCUAUUGGACAGCCUACCGCCCAACCAGUCGCUUCACGUCGUCAUGCUGGGCUUGGACUCCGCGGGAAAGACCACGGCCCUGUACAGACUCAAGUUCGACCAGUACCUCAACACAGUGCCCACGAUAGGCUUCAACUGCGAGAAGAUCAAGGGAACCUCUGGACGCGCCAAGGGCACCAGCUUUCUCAUUUGGGACGUCGGGGGUCAGGACAAACUGCGCCCUCUCUGGCGUUCCUACACCCGCUGCACCGACGGAGUCGUCUUUGUCCUAGACUCCGUCGACGAAGAACGCAUGGAGGAAGCGCGACUAGAGUUACAGCGGGUCGCGCGCGAAAACCCGGGCGUACCGCUGCUAGUGUUAGCUAACAAGCAGGACCUGCCCGGUGCCAAGGAACCUCGCGUCAUCGAGCGAUUGCUCGGCCUACACGAACUGUCGGCCAGUCACUUGUGGCACGUACAGCCGGCCUGCGCCAUCAUCGGCGAGGGCUUAGACGACGGGCUCGAACGCCUCUACGACAUGAUCGUGCGAAGGCGACGUCAAGCGAAGCAGGCGAAACGCAAGCCCCGGUCCUAAAAUUGAGCCCUGUGGACUCCGUGUGUGUGUGUAUCUAUUAACGGAAAAUCCGCUGCUGCUGCCCUCCAGUGACGAUGCGUACUGCUGCGUGCAUGCCGCAGCGGCGCAGCGCGCCGCUUCGAUCCGUCGUUACUAUUCGCCCCGUGGGGUGGCGUCACAUGACGCAUAGCGACUGCCACCGAGAAAUGAACAAGCAAAGAAACAAACCGUGCUCCAGUUUAUUCUUCGCGAGGGUGUGCUGCGCGUUCCAAGAGUGUGUUCCUGUUCCUUUUUAACGUAGUUGUUUUUGUUCCCUCUUUCCCGACCCCGUGGUAGUAGUCAUGUUCAUCGUAUCCCGGGGGCCGGCGAAGGAAGCCGCUUCCGCUGCAGGUCAGCGUACGCUGCUCGCGUUUGUGUAUGUUGUACGCACGAUGGUAACGUCGUACCGCCGCCGC